UUCAAUUCCCCUCCCCGCAAACUUUUCUCCCUCUCCUAUUUUCCCGUUUUACUUGCCCUAUACUCAAACUCGAAUUGUGUAUGUAUGGCUCCCAAAUCCGAUUCGGUGCGCACCUAACCCCAAUAAUCGAUCCUUGGCGGGUUGGGCCAGGUCCUUCUCGCACCAAUUUCGGUGGUUUUGUUCUCCGGUGGGGCAGAUUCCGUCGUUCUUGUGCCGAGUUUGGGCAGGAUUUUUGUCUUCCUCCUCCCAAUUUUGGGGGCGGUUUCGCCCUGGUUCUUGCGCCGCGGCUCCAGGGCAUGGAGCCGCGGAGGUGGCUCGCGGCCGCUGUUUUGAUGUGCCUGCUGGUGCAUUGCUGCGGGAGAGAACUGAAGACAAAACAUGCGCCCAUAUAUGACCCAGCCCUUGCCCGGACACUCGCUGAAUAUACUUCUGCUGUCUAUACUGCUGACCUGACCCAAUUGUUUACGUGGACCUGUGAAAGAUGUGGUGACUUAACAGAGGGGUUUGAGGUGAUAGAGCUGAUUGUUGAUGUGAAAAAUUGCUUGCAGGGAUAUGUUGGAUUUGCUAAAGGUAUGAAUGCAGUUAUAGUCGUGUUCAGGGGCACUCAAGAAAACAGCAUUCAGAACUGGAUAGAGGACUUAUUUUGGAAACAACUUGAUCUCGACUACCCGGUUAUGCCUGAAGCAAAGGUUCACAGUGGAUUUUAUUCUGCUUACCAUAACACAACAUUGCGUGAUGGAGUUGUCAGAGGUAUUCAAAAGACCAGGGGAGUGUAUGGUAAUAUUCCUAUCAUGGUCACUGGACACUCCAUGGGAGGAGCUAUGGCUUCAUUUUGCGCCCUUGAUCUUGUUGUUAACUUUGGGUUAAAGGAUGUUACUCUCAUGACAUUUGGACAACCUCGGAUUGGCAAUGCUGUCUUUGCUUCUAAUUUCAAAGGGCAUUUGCCAAAUGCAAUCCGAGUGACCAAUGCACACGACAUUGUGCCUCAUUUACCCCCAUACUACCGCUACUUCCCACAAAAGACGUACCACCAUUUUCCACGGGAGGUAUGGAUCCAUAAUGUUGGCCUAGGAACUUUCGAAUAUUCAAUAGAGGAAAUUUGUGACGAUUCUGGAGAAGACCCAACUUGUAGCAGGUCUGUGAGUGGAAACAGCGUGCAGGACCAUAUACACUAUCUUGGCAUCAGCAUGCAUGCCGAGUCAUUGGCACAUUGCAGAAUUGUCACGGGAACCCUGCAGUAUAAGAUGGAUCCUGCUGGCAACAUUGUGUUCUCCAAGCAGCCUGGUUUAUCAGUCGAUGAGCUACACAGUGCGCAAUGAAUAAACUCAAGAUGCAUGAAUAAAUUUCCCUGUAUUGCUGAUUCCUAUUGUUAUGAAAUCAAAAGGGGAUAUAUAGGAUGAAUGACUUUGCAAAUGGCUGUUUUGUCACGUAAAAUAUACUGGUAGCAAUCUUCAUUCUAUAGGGUAUACUUGUCAGCUGUAUGUACAUAUGCAUAUAUACCAACUUUUCAGCAUAGCAUCUGCAACUUGUAUAGCAUUGCAGUAAAAGCGAAAACUUUUUUACAAGGAAAUUCGACUA